AUGGAGGCUGCCUUCGGUAAUCUACAGAAAGAGGGGAAGAAUGAUGUCGAUAAUAUAGUAAAAUGGAUGAAAGACUACCCGGAACAACAAUCUGUGGAUCACACAACGAGUUGUUCCGUGCGGGAAUCAAAUCCGCGACACGUUACGAUGCAACCGGUUGCCCAGACACAGCGCCAACCGUGCAGUUUUAAAGCAAAAGUAGUAGAUGAUACCAAGGAACAAGAAGACAAGCUACGUUCCCUCUUCAACGACGUCCCAGACAAGAAGAAUAUAGCUACUAUGUUCCUGAGUGCUAAAAAAUCACGCUACGAUCAAAUGGACAACUCUGUAGUCAGUAGCUAG